CGAGGCGCCUGCACUGGCUCUCCUUAUUGUUUUUUCCUUCUGUCAUCAUAUUUCUCUUUGCCUGAUGUUUGGAAAGAUACUUCUUUCUCUCUUUUGAGCCCCCUCCACAUGUGUGCUUAAAACUCAUUUCCUCUACUCCACAAGCAUUGAGCUGGGCAAGGGCUAAUAAAGUUAAGAAAGUUCCAACCCCACUUCAAGAGAAGCGUCAGUAUAAAAAGGAAGUUCAUCCGCCUUUUUGAAAUGUCUCUUCAGAUUAACGUCUCCAUUCUUUCCCCUUACUUCCCUCUUCUUCCCCCUAUCUAUCAUCAUCAUGAGAUUCUCAUUGAAGGUUAUUGCUCUUGGUGCCAUUGCUGCCUCGGUUGCUGUGGCUGCUCCAGUUAAUGUUGAGAAGCGUGACGCGGCCUCUGACCGCAUCAUCGCCUGCUUCGUCGGUCUUAUCUUUACAGGAGCAUGGCCAAGUCAAUGCAAGGCUGCAGUUGCCGUCGACCUUGGUUUGAUCCGUAGCAUUACCAUCAACCAGAUGUCUAUGGAUUUCACUGGUCCCAACCCAUGGGUUCCUACUACUUCCUCCAACAGCAUUGUCGCCACCAUGCUUGGCAUCCCUGGAAUCUCUCUUCCCAUCACCUCCGUUCGCCAGCAUAUCAUUCUUAUUGACAAUGGCGUCGAGAUCGGUAGCAUUGAAACCCCUUGGGGUGCAGCCAGUGUCAAGGGCAGCACCUUGAGCACAUCAUUCGGGCCCUCACCUUUGAACGUCUUCACAAACUCUCGCACUGCUUUCACCAACUUUGUGAGUGCUCUUUCGACCUCAGCUUCCCGCUCUAUUACAUUGAAGGGUGCUGUUGAUAUCAAGUUGAACCUUGGUAUCUUUGGCACCAUGACUAUUCCUGGCGUUGGUUUCAAGGCCACGACACCUCUGAAAGGCUUGGACAAUCUCCGCCAGACCAAGUACGUUUACUUCAUUGACACCAACGCCAACAAGCCUGGUUACCUCGGCAUGAGCUCCGUCAUCAACAUUUUCAACCCCAGCUCGUUGAGCCUCAAGCUUGGCGAUGUUCAGUUCAGUACAGCCUCCCCAGAGGGUACUCUCGGUUAUUCUGCCGUCAAAGAUCUGGUCCUCGUCCCCGGCGACAACUACCUCCUUUCAGAUACCUACCUCGAUCAAUCCCUCGAAGCUGGCCGUAACUUCCUGGGUGGACUUUACACUCAUGAUGGUGUCCUCACCUUGUCUGGUUAUGCCGAAUCAUCCAAGAACCCUGCUCUUAACGCUGGCUUGGCUGCUGUCAAGUCUACAUUGACCAUUCCUGUAGCAUUCCAAGGCCUUGUUCCCUCUCAGGCACCUUACAAGGACUGGUCCCUCAAGGUCCUCCCUUCCACCAAGGAUGAUUACAUUGUCGAGAUCAGCGCCAACUUCCAAUCGCCUUACUAUGGAUACGGCAUCUCCAUGGUCACGGACAACGAUGGCCUCAGCCCUAACUAUGUUGCCAUUGCUCCCGGUGUCUCAGACACUGCCUCUGGAUCUGUCUUCUUCCGCUUCAUCAACACAGCCAAGUUCUCUACCACUGGCAGCAGCUCCACCAAGGCCACCUUCACAGUCCAACUCGAAGGCCCCUUCACCGCCGAUAAGAAGGCACUCUGGACCGAAAUUACUAACUACGCAAGGGCCAACAAGAAGCUCCCAAUCGAACUCAACUGGUUCCCUAUCGUCACCAUCGGUCCUUCUAGUGAUCAGCACUUUGCUGACUGGUCCACCGCAAGUCUUGCUCUCGGCGCCUCCGAAAUCGCUGUCGGCUCUGACUUUGCUGAUCUCAUUAAUCUCUUCCCUUAAAAAGCAAAAAGAUUUUUUAAUAAAAGGCAAC